UCUCUCUCUCGGACAGUUUUUCUUAAUAAAUACUCUUUCUUAAUAGAUACAGAUAAAUCACACAAUCAUUCCCAUUACUCGCAUAUAGUACAUGGAUAUCUAAUGGAUUGAGAUCUUUUGAACAUCUGUACUGUUAGGAUUUUUAUUCUAAUAGGAACUCAAAAAAAAAGUGAAAGUCGUGUUGUAGCAAAUGACAUUGCAGCACAUUGUUACAAAAAUUAUACAUACUAUGUUCUAUAUUCUUCGUCACUGUAGUUCAUACUUUACUUUUGGGUAAAAAGUGGGAAGAAGUAAAGGAUAUCAGAAAAAAUGUAGGGAAUAAGAUGCGUGGUAUCCUGUUUAACAAGCUAGUUGACCGAAGUGAUUUUCCAUAUACAUCCUUGCCGAAGAGACGUCCCUGUAGAACGACGCCCCAGCUAACUAUGACUAGCUCCAGCCAGGAAAAUCGUGUACGCAGCGAACCAAUCAGCGGAGCCGUAUCAUCUUGAUGAAUGUACGGCAACGUUGCCACCUCGCGCACCGCCCAUUGGUCCUGUUCUCGUAUCCAUGGGUACUUCUCUACUGUGCCUCUUCAUAGCGGUAUUCGUCAGCAUUCGUGUUUUGUGUCGUUUCCCUCGUUAAAACGUGGGUGGAUGCGCGAUUGACCGGAGUGUGUAGUUGAAGACGUAAAUACUCUACGUUCAGCAUGUAUCGCACUGCUACUGCGGUAACAAACAGCUUCGAACAUUAAAAUUAGCGUAUAUUUAAUUAUAUCGGAAAGAUAGCUACAGUCAACACUUAAGUGAUUACUCGAAACGUUAUCUCUCUGAGACAGUUUGAUUUUUAUACCAAGGAAAUUCUCAAAAUACAGUGCUAUUUGUUAGACACUAUGGAUUCCUAGCACAAAAGGACUUUAUACGAAAUGGCAUUACAUGCAAUAUUAUAAAUCUUGUAUGGUGUAAAACACAAUUAUUUAUCAUGAAACGAAGUAUAGAUGGAAGAAAUAUUCCACAAGAAGAAAUUGAAGAUGAUCCUUUGCAAGCACAGCAACAGCAGCAACAACAAGAGGAAGUAGAUCAGCAACAACUAGAGCAGCAACAGCAGCAAACUGCGCAACCACAAAUACGUUUUUUGAACGCAAGUGUAUUGCAACAAUUGCAACAACAAGAUGUUAAUAAUAUUCAACAACAAGCUCAGCAGCAACAACAACAACCGCAAGUUAUUACACUUCAAAACUUUGUGCCCUUACAAACUCAACAACCACAACAUGAUCAGCAAAGAACACAAGCGAUCUCUGUACAAUCACUACCUCAUCAAUUCUUACAAAGUGCUCAGAUUAUCAGUACUCAGGCACAAGCAGCUCUUCAGCAGCAACAACAGAAUCAGCAACAAACUCAGCAGCAGCAGCAAGCGCAACAGCAACAACAACCACAGCAACAGCUCAGCUAUAGUGUAAUUCCACAAAUGCAGACCGUUAAUAUAGAUGGUCAGGAAGCUUUGUUUAUUCCAUCUUCUGCUAUAUCCGCGGCAGGUAGCCAUCAUCAAACACAGCCAACAAUGCAGUUUGCUACUGCCAAUAGUCAACAAAUGCAACUUGCUGGUCAGCAGGUACAAUUAGCAAAUGGCCAGACAAUUAUUACGCCACAACCAGUUAGUCUCAUAAGAGCACCAAAUGUCUUUCCUACAUCGAUUAUACAAAAUAUUACAGGACAAACAGUUCAAUUGCCAACAGGUCAAAGUGUACAAGUAAGACCAUUUCAGUUUCCUAUGCAACAUGUUCAACAAACGGUGCCUGUACAAGUACCUGUCACUACCAACGGACAGACCGUUUUUCAAACGGUGCAUUUUCCCGUUCAAGCCUUGGGUGGUGUGUUUAAUAUGCCUGCAGCCCAAAUGAUACCGCAACUUACACAACAAAUACCUCAAGUGGCACAAAUAAUCACACCGAAUGGACAGAUACAACAAGUGCAAAUUGCCAAUUUACCACAGUUACAAAGCCUUCAGAGUCAGCAAGUAACUCAAGUAGCUCAGCAAGUUGCACAUCAACAAGCGCAACAGCAAGUUGUCCAACAACAAACUCAACAACAAGUAGUACAGUCGGUUCAGCAGCAACAAGUUGCUCAAGCUCAAGUGCAACAACACCAACAAGUACAACAACAGCAGGUACAACAAGUAGUACAACAAGUGAUGCAACAGCAAGCGCAAUCAUCACAACAGCAACAACAGCAGCAGCAGUCACAGUCGCAGCAGCAGCAACAACAGCAACAACAACAACAGCAGCAGCAGCAGCAGCAGCAGCAGCAGCAGAUACAACAAUCAUCGACCCCAUCGUCAACGGUAGCGACUUGGAGCACAACAGUUGCAACUCCUACCAAUGUUCAGGUACUUGGUAUAGGUGCUAUAGGAAGAAGUAUAGCUGGAAAUACUAAUGUUAUUACUACAAAAGAUGGUCAAAAAAUCGAUGUACAAACAUUAUCUACUUUAACAAGACCACCAGAAACGGUAGAAAACGACAUUAAAAUAACUAAUAUUGACGCCAGUCAAUUAACCGCUGGACAAGUAAUACACAUCCCUGCUGCUCAAUCAACUCAACCAACGGUACAACCCAUUACGAUUACAGGAGCGCAAGGUCAACAAUUAACUCUUAUUCCUGCAUCGGCAUUAGCAAAUUUAACCGCGCAGCAAGGUAACAUGAUGAGGAAUAUAAGCAAUGGAAGUAUAAUGCAAAUUCAGCCAACAACCGGAAUGAAUGCAACUAACAGUUUUUUGCAAUCAAUACCUGUACAAAAUAUCCCAGGCUUAGGCAAUGUUCAAGUAAUACCAGCGAGCGCCUUACAACCAGCUACAAUGCAAACGUUACCUACUACUGCUACACCUAUUGUUGCGGCUACACCAACCGUGCAGCUUGACACGAGUGAUCCUACAAAGUGGCAAAUUCUUCAGACCCUUCAAUCUAACGGAACUUUGACAUCUGCUGCUCCUAUAUCUCAUCAACAUCAAAUGUCAAAUGCAAAUAACUCGAAUGCGGACAAUGACAAUACUCUGAAGCAACACCGUAGAAGAGUCGCGUGUACAUGUCCCAACUGUGGCGACGGAGACAAAAACAGAGACAUGAGCAGAAAGCGGCAACAUGUAUGUCACAUUGCCGGAUGCAAUAAAGUAUAUGGAAAAACGAGCCAUUUACGUGCUCAUUUACGUUGGCAUAGCGGCGAACGACCGUUUGUUUGCAGCUGGAUAUUUUGUGGUAAAAAAUUCACCAGAUCCGAUGAGCUUCAAAGACAUCGUCGAACUCACACUGGUGAAAAACGUUUCCAGUGUCCAGAGUGUACUAAGAAAUUUAUGCGAUCGGAUCAUUUAACAAAACAUAUUAAAACACACACGAAGAUACGAAGUAUGGAAGCCGCUACCUCGACUCAGGAGGGCUCUUCUGAUAGCCAGUCUUCCACUGAACAAAAAAUUAUUAUAGCGUUACAAAAGGACAAUGACCAAUCUGAAAUUAUUAUUUCAGAACAAAUAGAAAACCUAAAAAGUGAAUCAUCAAAUCACGUAACAAAUGAAUAAAAAUCUUGUAGUGACAACAGUGUAUAUCAUACGUGCACCAAGGAAACAAAUGUUUCAAGGUAAAUGAUCUAAUAGUUUGUUUUUCUCAAAUCGAUCUUUAACUAUCAUUUAUUGUAGUUUGUUUUGUAUGACAAAAAUCUAAUUGAAAGAUGUAGAGAUUGAAUUCCUAGAAAAACUUUCCUAUCCGAUAAACUAUUCAAUGUGUUCAAAAUCUUGAUUGUACAACAAAAACGUAGCAAUGAAAUAUUAACCAGAACUUACGGUUAUAAUACACAAAUAUCUAGAAGUGAUACGCACAGCUCAAAAUCUUAAACAUUGAUGCGUACCAACUGUACAUACUUUUUUUAAUGAUUUCAAAGCUCUUGAGUUUGUUUAGCCAUUUCGUUGCAGCCAUAAUAAAUUUGUUUUCAGACCUGUAUUUAUAAUCGACAUCGUUAUUCAACAUACAAUCGAUUGAGUUACAUUCAGAAACAAUAUUUUGAUUCUUUUAAAUUUAUAGAUGCUUUCCAGUUAACGACACAAGUCGACACAAAACUCAUUCUGUCUUUGUUUCUCACUGAAUAUUGAACAAGGACAGAAUGACUUGUAUCGCUAACUGAAAAGCACUUCCAAUUCAAAUCGAGUCUCAAGCAGAGUUGCAAACUCUGACCGGCUAGCACCGAGAACACCGAGAAGGUGAGGACACGUACUCAAGCGAGAAUUUAUGGUGUGCGUGCCCCCACUACCUCGGUGUUCUUGGUGCUAGCUGGUCAGAGUUUGCAACUCUGGUCUCAAGUUGAAUCAACUAUAAAUACACGAACUUAAUAUUUUAUCAAUUUGUUUACUUGUUAUUAAGAUGCUUAAUAUUUAUCAAAUGUAGAAUUUUCUUCCAAUUUUGUUUACUGAAUAAUAGAAUAUUAAAUUCAGAUUUGAUGCAACUCUACAAUGUCUGAUUCGGAUCCGAUAUAUCAUAUGGAACUAAAGUCGUUAUUUUAAAUUCGACGUUCAGAUAUUUUAAAUACCUCGAAGUUUUGAAAUGUUACAAUUAUCAGCUAUCCGGAUAAGUAUCAACUAUAUUUGGAUAAUAUCAAAUUUAAAUAAACUUUACACUUCUAUCUCUUAAAAUAAUAUUAAAUUCUAAACAUAUAAAGCACACACAUCUAAUGAAAAAUAUUGAAUAAUUCUUGAUCUAAUAAAAAAAUAAAAAUGUGAAAGCAUUAAUGUCAAUCAACUGUUGGAAAUUUCUGUUAAAGUGCUCAUUUAAUUGCUGAUAAUUGGUCUUUUUUUAAUUAUAAUUCAACUUAGCGGCAAAAUAAACAUUCAAUGAAGCUUUAAUAUUUGAUCUAAGGUCACUCGAUAUUUUCAAUUAAACGCUUUCUGGAUUUUAUAACACACUGUAAUGUUAGUAUUAUUAAUUUAACUGUAAUAUAAAGUAUUAUUAAUAUUAUAUUAAGCUAGUGUUCAAAUAAUGUUUAUAAUACAUAAAAAGAAAGUCAGAAAUAAAGCGUAUAAUUCAAAAUAGAAUGUCCUUAGAUUGAUUCAAAGAUAGGAAGGUAUUGAAUGUACAGUAUAAAUCAUUGCCAGUUUUUGUAUGUAAUUGUACAAUGUAAAUCAAAUCAAUGAUUGUAUCAAUUCUCAGUAUUCUAUUAUUUAAAAACAGAAAAAAUAUGUAAAAGAAGAUAAUAUGUUAGAAAGAAGAGGAGAUAUGUUUAAGCUUGAGUUGUACAUAAAUAUUUAGCAGAUUUUUAGUGUCUGAAAAUUUAAAAAAGAAGUCGAAUUGAAAGAUAAUUGCUACUUGUAUAAAUAAACAUAGACGCUUUUAUAAAUAAUUCAAAUUUAUAGCGAUUUAUUCGAGUUAGAUAUACUAGUAAUGCUGCGUUAUGAGCGAUGGAUAAUAAGCGGCAGGCGACGGGAGGUGUUCAAUACUUGUAAUAGAAAAUAAUAAGAAGAAUAAAAAUAAUAUAUGUCUCAACUAUAAGUGACAUCUCCCUCAUUGCUUGCCGUCUUUUACUUAUUUCAUAUCGCUUGGAAAUAUAACUGCAGCCUAAUGCAGUGAUAUUUCAAAAUUUACUUUUUAAGAGUCAAAGUUAUAUGAAUAUCUAAUAAUCGCAGUUGAAAUUAUGGUAACAAUUGGUUUUAAUCGUAAUAAUACGUUUAUUAGCUUCUUGAUAACUUUUGUGGCGUUCAAUGCAAUAUACUUGAUAUACUUGAUAUACUUGAUUACAUUAAAAUAUUAGAGAAAUGUUUAACUUUUUAAAAACUGAGUUUUAACGAAAAUAGCUUUAAAUUUCUUAAAUACUCACUGCACUUUUUACUUCAUUUUUGAUAAUUACUUACACAUACAUACUUUAUGUAUAAUAACGUCCAAACAUUUUUGUAUAUGUAUAAUAUAUAACUUUUAUUGAUUUAUGAUCGAAUGUUAGCAAAAGUAUGCGAAAGAAUUGAUUUACUUCGGCGUUAACUAUAAAAAAAUAACAUUACUUCUGACAUGUUUUGAAAUAGUUUAAAAAACUUCAAUGUGCAUAAUAUGUAUAUUAAUGUAUAUCUAACUACAGUUUGUAUAAUUGAUAUAAUAAUCAAAUAGAAUCAUCGCCUAGAACUAUUUGUUCUUUGUAUAAUAAAAAAUAGUAUGGUGCAGCGAAUUAUAUAGAUGUAAGUCGCAAUUCUCGCAAUAUACGAAUCUAUUUUUUUAUUCCGAUUGUGUAUAUACAUAUAUAUGUAUAUAUAUGUACUGUAAAUCAAUGUAUAAAAAUUUUUGCACGAGAAAAUUUUUACAUUUAUAAAUAUCCUUUGAUAUCUCAAAACUAUCGAAAUAUUUAACUCUCCUUUAAUUAUUUA